AUGGCCAGUUUCGGCCACAACUUCCAAAUUACUUUAAGCUUGCCAGGUAUUUUACGAAUUGGAGAUGCCAAUCCAAAAUAUAUACCAUCUCCAUUCAAAGGAUACAUAACAGCUGUUGCAUUAUACAAUACCGAUAUUGAUAUUGGUAAUAUUCCACAACUUCUAAAUAAUGCUAAAAAGUCGAAUUGGCAAAAUAUACCUACCUUUCCACCGUGCCCUAACAGAGUACAGAAUAAUGUGGCCAUAAAACAUUUAUGGCCAUUAGACGAAAAGGGGUUGACCAUUGACAUAAACACCAACAAUGUCGAUGAAGAUAGUCAGUGUUUGAGGUUUGGCCAUAAUCAUACAAGUUUACCUAACCGUGCUAUCCACAUUGAUGGUUCACCUCUCUCAUAUAUUACCCUUAAAAUAAAUGGAAGUGAAAUAGACGAAACCUUUACAUUAACAGUCAACGUAUUUAUUACGAGCGAAUCUUCGGGAUCAUUUUUGAAGAUCAUUAACAACCUGGAUCAGACAUUAUUCCAAAUGGACAUAUCUGAGACAAAUGUCGAGCUCAAAGCAUUCAACGGUCCCAACGCUAACUGCGCUACUGUGACACUGUCAGACAUAUUUACCACCAAUACAUGGUAUGUUGUUGGAAUCCAUAGAGAUGUUAAUGCAAACACAAUUGGGGUAAUGAUUGACGGUAAUAUAAACGAUACAAGUGAUACUUGUGGUACUUUUGGAUCAAGUGGUGAACUGUCUGUACUCAUAGGAGACAGCAAUCGACAAUUGGUUGGAUAUAGAACUGACGUAAGGUGUCUUAUUAUGUUUAGCGACCCAGGGUCCGAUAUUAUGACAGCUAUUAAAGAUGAAUGUACAGAUGCCGAUUCUACUUUAGUAGGUGAGUAA